AUGAUGAACGCGAUGUGGUCUUCGCUUCACAGGCCAUUAGACAAGAACAGUACGGGCGGCCGCUCCAAUGAUGGCCAGGUCUUCCUGGCUUCGACAGGCAUCCCGUCAUCAUGGUCUAUUCAUGGUCACCCUACUCGUGACGGACGGUUUGUUGAAAAUCAACUAACUACGGAGGCCGGCUGCCCUAAUCAGAUCGGCUCCCAGCUCAGGCGGCUUACCGUUACGCGGCUCAGACGGAUUGACAUCGUUCCGACGACACAUGUCCGCGAUAUGUACACGUUCAAGCGUGCACAUCUGCCGUCGUGCGCCGCGUCGCUAGCUUCGAGCUGUAACGCGUACUCAUGUCCGACCAAUAGA